UCAUAAUUUCCAGCGCCUCUGGCGGCCAUUUGCUAAUAAGCUGUCAAAAAUUUAUAAACAACAUUCGGCCAAAAACCUAAGAGACCAGUAACGUGUUGUUUGAAGCUUUCAUUAAUUAUCUCAGUCCCAGAGUCAUAUUUGCAGUCAUGGUUUCAGAAGUCAAACAAAGAGUAAAUGCAACCAAACCAGCUUUGAAGAAAAAUGCUAGUGAAUCCAGCAAAAAAAAAGAUUCCGAAAUCUCGGAUGAGAAGAAAACAGCGAAAAGUAAAGAUGCAAAUAUUCAAACAAAAUUCGGACCCAUCGGCAUCAAAAAGGAAGAUCAGCUCUGGUCAAGGGCUGUUUUGAUGACAGGUGUGUUAGUGAUAGUCAUUGUGAUGAAAUGGAAGAAAACAAAUGAAAUCACCUGGGUAUCAAGGCAGGAUACUGUAACUAAAUCCAAACAGCCAUUAAUUUGCUCAACAGCAUUCCUUGAUGAAAUAAACAAGUUUGAAGGUUGCAGAAUGAAACAGUGUGGCCGAUUUGUGAUGGACGGUUUAUUUGUGGAGAAUCAAAUCGACACACUGCUAGGCAUUUUCCAAAAGGGAUUGCAGUUUGGGCAUUCAUCAGGAGGAGCGAGUAUACUUGAUCUACACUCAGGUGCCUUGUCCAAGGGAGAGAGAUUCAUCAACGUCUUCAGUAAUCCUGAAACCCAAAAUCUAUGGUCUGAAGCUGAGCUAGCUUUCUACACGGAUGCAAAAGAAACAAUUAGACGAGCGAUUAUCGAAAACUUUGGCCUACAGCCGGAAGCCAUCCACUUGACUUCCCCAACGUUUUUCUCUCGCAUGAACGAGAACCCAGCCAAAACAAUUCAUGAUGAAUACUGGCAUCCGCACGUUGACAAGGAAACGUACGAAACUUUUCACUUCACAUCGCUACUGUAUUUAAGUGACUACGGGUCAGAGUUCCAGGGAGGCCGAUUCGUCUUUGUCGAUGGCGAUAAUAUGAAUCGUACCGUCGAACCCCGAAGAGGUCGAGUUUCCAUGUUCACAUCGGGUGGCGAAAAUUUGCAUUACGUCGAGAAAGUAACUCAAGGCACCCGUUACGCUCUGACUAUCGCUUUCACAUGCGAUUCCCGACACGCUAUCCCGGAUCCUCAUAUCCAUUGAGUUUCUUAAUUGGUAAGCCAUACAGCUCUUAUUGAAAAAGAAAAAGAAAAGAACCGAACAGAUAUCAUUUUUCCCAGUAACUAAAUACCUUCAUCGUCUCGUCACGUGUUCUUUUUGUGUUUAUUAUAGUCUUUUGGGUGCAAUAAAAUUCCCCUUGUUUGUUGUAA